AUGUUGGUCGAGCGCAAAGUCAAGGUCGUUACGGACCAGCAUCCGAUCGACAAGCCCUCACCGGUCGAGGAGUUUCCAAUGCGAGAAUGGAGCCUGCGGUUGCAGCUGCUGGACGAGGAUGGCAACGAGCGACCUGCCGACGUCUUCACCAAGGUCGUCUACCAUCUGCAUCCGACAUUUGCCAACCCCGUCCAGACCUUCACCAAGCCCCCCUUCACUUGCACCAACGAGGGCUGGGGAGAGUUUGAGAUUACCGUCGAGUGUUUCACGACGGAGAAGACGAAGCUGGCGCCCAUCAUCCACGAUCUCAACUUCCAGCUGGAGAAGUACGAGGUGACGCAUACCGUCACCUUCAAGAACCCCUCCCAAGCGUUGCAGGAGAGGUUGCGCGAGACGGGACCGCUGCCGACGGACGAGGAUCGCCCCAAAAAGAAGGGUCUGGCGACGAAAAAGGGGACGCAGAAGCAUGACUACGAAAAGAUUGCCGAGGCGCUCGAGAAGCUCGAGGAGGAGGACCUGCUGCGCGUCAUACAGCUCAUCAACGAGAACAAGGGACCGGACACGUACAUCAGGAGCGAUGUCGAAGUUGACAACCUCGGUGAAGCUGGCGAGUUCUCCAUCGACCUGUACACGAUGCCAGAUCAACUCACGACCAAACUCUGGGAGCACCUUCCUUUGCCUCGCCGGACUAGGACUGGGACUGGAGACGUCUCGAGCAUCGAGACUCUGCAGCCGCAGUCCGUGAAGGAGCCGCCCCGAGCAGCCCGAGCAGGAAGGGUCGACAACGAGAACACCGGAAGGAGUUAA